GCAACUUUCUCCCCCCAUCUCUCUUAUCCUCCCCCGAUCUCUCUUAUCCUCCUCCGCUCUCGCCCCCUUAUUUCCCUCACGAGGAGCAAUUAGAGUUUUCCGCAAGGGGCGAUCGAUCCGGCCAUGGCGGCGGGGGCGGCGUUGGCGGCGGAGAAGCUUCUGAACAUGGGGACGAAGAUCGUGGCCGUGGGCCGCAACUACGCCGCGCACGCCAAGGAGCUCGGAAACGCCGUACCCAAGGAGCCGGUACUGUUCUUAAAGCCCACGUCAUCGUACGUACGCAACGGCGGCACCAUCGAGAUCCCCCACCCGUUGGAGUCUCUGGAUCACGAGGUGGAGCUCGCCGUAGUCAUUGGCCAGAAAGCUCGCGACGUCCCGGUGAAAGCCGCCAUGGACUACGUCGGAGGUUAUGCACUUGGUCUGGAUAUGACGGCACGAGAAAUUCAAUCUUCUGCUAAGUCUGCAGGUCUACCAUGGACUCUGGCGAAAGGGCAGGACACCUUCACACCUAUCAGUCAAGUUCUCCCAAAGUCGAUGGUGAAAAAUCCCGAUGAUCUGGAGUUGUGGUUAAAGGUAAACGAUGUGCUUAAGCAGAAGGGUUCAACAAGGGACAUGAUCUUCAAGAUCCCUUUUCUCAUCAGUCAUAUUAGUUCCAUCAUGACAUUAGUGGAAGGCGAUGUGAUUCUAACAGGUACUCCUCAAGGUGUUGGCCCUGUAAGAGUGGGGGACAAGGUCACUGCCGGUAUAACAGGUUUGAUCGAUGUCCAUUUUGAUGUUCAGAGGCGCCAAAAGCCAGAAACAGUUUGAGAUAUUUAUACGAAAACCAGCUACUGGUAGGUGAAUUUUGCUUGUUUAUAAAUCAAACUGAAGUUUGGUUUGUUUUAUUUCUUAUGUAUCUUUUACUAAAGCCAUGUGAAAAAGACCGUAUGCAGAUAAGCUUUGUAUCUACCCCAACUAUUAGAUUUGAGAUAUGUAAAUCUCAAUGCCCUUUCAUAA